AUGUCAUAUCAACCUCUUGAUCAAACUGGACUGGCAGGAGAAAGUUUGGCAUCGGUCAGACACUCACACGCUGCCAGUAGCUCCACUAACUUACAGCCAAACGACAACGAAAUUCCACGCCCAUCUGAAGAUAAUGGGUCUUUUGGUACAAAAGCCGAGCACUUGGCUGCUGCUGAGAGAAGACGGUAUAUCUACUCAGCGGUGGCAUUGUCCGUAUCACUUAUUUCUUUUGUCAUUCAAACCGAAACUGCCGGGUACAUUGCAAACACUUUGGAGUACAAGAAGCCCAUUUUUAUGAUGUAUGUAACUCAUUCGUCUUGGAUGUCCUUGUGGCUGUUCCAAAUCUUAUUUCUGCGUGUGAGAAAACGAAAAGUUCCGUUUGACAUUUUUUUUAGGAAACAUCUUCAGAAUGUAUUAUCUACUGCUGGCCAGAUUUCAUCGUCUAAAGCAUUAGCCCCACAACAUCACUUGUUAAAUUCGAAUGCUUUUUCCUUAUCCUCUUAUAAGCAAAUUAUCAUCAACCUCAUAAAAUGCUGCCUCAUUCUCUGUAUUGCAUUGAACAUUGCUGGAAGCUCUUGGUAUAUUGCUGUCAAUCUAACCACUGCUGGUGACUUGACUGCUAUCUAUAAUUGUUCGGCUUUCUUUGCAUACGCAUUCUCGGUCCCACUUUUACAUGAGCAGUUUAGGUGGGACAAGGCAUUUAGUGUCAUCCUUUCAAUCAUUGGUGUUGUCAUUGUGGCUUACUCAGGUAGUACCGAGGACGUAACAGCAGCAUCUAAAGAUGAAUCGGAACCUUAUCCGUAUCGUGCCUGGGGUAAUAUUGUCAUUGGUGCUGGAGCUGUGGUUUACGGUCUCUAUGAAGUUCUAUAUAAACGAAUUGCUUGCCCACCAAGUACCGUAUCCGCUAAGAAGCAGGCUGCUUUUGCAAAUGUGGUAGGCUCAGGUAUCGGCGUGUGUACAUUUACUCUACUGUGGCCCAUCCUACCACUGCUGCAUUUUGCAGGCAUUGAACAGUUCGAGUUCCCACGUGGGGAAGUACUCUGGGUAUUAGUUGCAUCUGUAAUUGCAAACGCCACAUUUUCAGGGAGCUUUUUAAUCCUCAUGUCUUUGACAUCUCCUGUAUUGUCUAGUGUUGCUUCAUUAUUGACCACUUUCAUAGUAGCCAUAGUAGAUUGGCUCCUCUUCGGCACUCCUAUUUCAAGAGGAGGUGUUAUCGGUGGUAUUCUAAUCAUUUUAGCAUUUUUCCUCUUGUCUUAUGCUAGUUGGAAAGAACUACAAGGUGAUGACGAUGAGGGUGAAGAUGACAUUAUUUGA